AGCCCACAACUCAACCCUGUGUUGUUUUCUUGAAGUCCAUAUUAUUUUUACAGUCCAGCCCAACCCAACCCAAAUGGACACAGCCCCAAGGGUGUAGCUUCGUUUCAGCCAAAGUGCAAAAUAUCCCAGAAGACUAAAAACCAGAAAACUUCGAUAACCUGAAAUGGCGGUUGCAGGGGCCUCUCCGUCGUUGGAGAUUCUGAUCAGAGGACCAGAAGGCUAUGCUAUUUGGGACGGGCCACCUUUCCCGGAUGGUCAACCCGGUAUCAAGCUUGCUACAGUCCCCUGUACAAGUGCAAAGUUUAGCGAAGAUGGUUCGAAACUCAUGGUUGUGAAAUCGGGGUCGCUAAUUAGCGUACAUGAUAAUAGAACCUUGAAGGAGAUUAGGGUUUUUGAAAUCCCCAAUUUGCUUGCUGGAGAAAUUUCCCCCUGUGGAACUUACCUCCAGACAUUCCAGAAAUGCAUGUCCCCGCAGGACAAAAACGUGGUCUUAUGGAGGGUGGAGAGUGGCGAAUCUGUUUACAAGUCGUUUCAGAAGAACGUAACAAAAGCUACAUGGCCGUGUGUGAGAUUUAGCUCUGAUGAAAUGGUUGCUUGCCGAUUGGCAACCAAUGAGAUGCAACUUUUUGAUGGCGGAGACUUCUCAAAAGGAAUAGUGCACCGGAUUCGAGUUCCUGGCAUAGCUGCACUAGAGCUUUCUAAGAGUCCCGGAUCUUUUGUGGCUGCAUUUGUUCCUGAAUCUAAGGGAAUGCCAGCCAGCGUUCAAAUAUAUACCUCUGGAAAGGACUCGCAAUCCCCUGUUGCUCGGCGUAGUUUUUUCCGGUGCUCCACUGUGCAGAUGAGAUGGAACAGUGGGUCAACUGGACUCCUAGUGUUGGUGCAAUCAGAUGUUGAUAAAACUAAUCAGAGUUACUAUGGCGAGACAAAGUUAAACUACUUGACUUCUGAUGGGGCCCAUGAAGGACUUGUUCCUCUUCGUAAAGAAGGGCCUGUUCAUGACGUUCAGUGGUCAUACAGUGGCAAAGAAUUUGCAGUUGUUUAUGGAUUUAUGCCUGCCAUGGCAACAAUAUUUGACAGGAAAUGCAAUCCCCUUCUUGAGCUUGGGACAGGCCCAUACAACACAAUUAGAUGGAACCCAAAAGGAAAGUUUAUAUGCUUGGCCGGAUUUGGGAACUUGCCCGGUGAUAUGGCAUUCUGGGAUUAUGUUGAAAAGAAGAAAGUCGGGGUUACCAAGGCUGAAUUAUCAGUGUCAAGUGAAUGGUCUCCUGAUGGGCGUUACUUCAUGACUGCCACAACAGCUCCUAGACUCCAAGUUGACAAUGGGAUUAAAGUAUUUCACCACAAUGGAGCACUGUACUUCAAGAAGAUGUUUGAAAAAUUGUACCAGGCUGACUGGAAACCCGAGUCACCAGAUAAGUUUGGUGAACUUUCACAACUCGUGGAGGCUGUCGACUCUCUGAAAAUUGGCGAGACUAAAACUCAAGGACAAGGAGCAAAAACAUCCAAAACCAUACCUGCCAACCCUCCUACACAAAAGCCCGCUGCUUAUCGUCCCCCGCAAGUUAAGGAAGCAGCAGCUAUCAAAGCACAGUUACUUGGUGAAAGUCCUUCAGGAGAGAUGAGUAAGAAUGCUCUGAGAAACAAGAAAAAGAGGGAAAAGCAAAGGGAGAAAAAGGCAGCCGAAGCUGCUUCUUCUGCCCGUGAAUGAAAGAUUCAUAGCCAAAAGAAGCCGUUGUCAAGUUCCCACCCGUUUUUGCACCGUGUUUGGGCCGAGCUGAGGCCAAUUGGUUUUGGAGCCUUGAAGCUGAGCCAAUUCAGUUGAGUUGCUUCUGUCUUAUCCCCUCCCACAAAUGUAUUGUGUUAUGUGUUAUUCAGCAUUUGUUCUGUGCUGCACUUCUUUGGCGAUUGUUUCAUUUAAUGUUGUGUUAGGAUAUAUUUCUAAUUUUUUUUUAAUUUUAAGAUAUAUGUUGUUUGCUGAAAUAUUAUACGGCUUUAUAUCAUAGUUUUCAUAGCCAAACUGGCAGCCAAACCGGUUUUGUCAUUUAUUUACAGGGGCAGAUCCAGUUAUU